AUGUCGGAGCCAGCUCCAUUCAAGGUUGUUAUCAUUGGCGCUGGCCUCGCAGGUGCUUUGCUAGCCAACGGACUUCUCAAAAACAAUGUCACUUUCUCUAUUUACGAGCGAGACCCGGAGAAUAGUAAGCGAGAGGGCUAUCAGAUUCGUCUAGGAGACUCCGCGAUUACCGGCUUCAAGGCAUGUCUUGCAGAUGAGGAUUUAAAAAAGAUUAUCGAAAGAUUUGGACAGACCGCUUCGUCAGAAGGUGCAGCUCCAUGUUUGUACUCCACGAAGUUCCAGUCAAUCCUUGAUUUGACUACUUUGCCUACGUAUUCCAAAUCUUUCGCGAUCAACCGGGUAACUUGUCGAAAUUUACUUCUUGACCCGGUGAAACCGCGCGGCAAUGCUCACUACGAUAAGGCAUUCUCUACUUUUGAGAUCAUCCGUGACGCCUCUGGUGCUGAUGAGAAGGUAAAGGUUCUCUUUGCUGAUGGCACAUCUGAUGAAUGCGAUAUCCUGAUUGGGGCGGAUGGAAGCGGCUCUCGAGUAAACAAAGCACUUGGUCUGGAAAACAUAGUCAACAUUGACUCUCACUGGUCUUUCUUAUCCAAAGGAAAGCUCCCCAGGGAUCGACUCGACAAACUCCCGGCACAAGUUCAAAAGGGUCCCGUCCUGGUAUUUUCUAACGGGAUCUCAUUUUUUUAUGCUUUGUACAAACCCGCAAAGCGCGAUCAAAACCAGACGGCCAAUAACGGUGUUGAUUACGACGAGGCCGAUGCCUCGUUCUACUGGGGAUUGAAUAUCCCAAAGGUUCUAUCCAAGGAAUACGAUAAUUAUAAGGAUGUUCCGGAUCGCCUCAAGUUUUGUCUUGAAAUGAUCAAGGACUGGGCCCCUGAUUUUCAAACUCUCCUUGAGACAGGUCAAGAUGACGAGGAAUCGAGCGACAUCUAUGUUACAGCUUUGCGAGCCAGUAACAAGCCAGAUAAAAAUUGGAGAUCACAACUUCGACAGACGAGUCAUGGAGGAGAGCCAGGAAAAGGCCAUGCUCGAGUCUGGCUUUUAGGUGAUGCAGUUCACGCCAUGCAACCCAAUCGUGGCAUGGGCGGAAACCAAGCAAUGCAUGACUGCGCCGAUAUUCUCCCACAUUUGCUCGAACUGAACGAUAUAGCCUUAAGUGGAUCCUCACCGAAGACCAAGGAAAUCUCACUGGCCUGUGAUAAAUAUGAGGCUGCCAUGAUUGAGCGUUCUUUCAACUGGGUUUGGAAAAGUGGAGGAGUCUCAAUGCCGAGAAAUUCACUCGACGCGAGCAUCUUGAGCGUCAUCUUCGCCGUCAUUCGGGAGCGCGCCCGUACGCCUGCCCCCCUAUGUUCCCGAUCCUUCUCACGGCGGGAUACGCUAUCUCGCCAUGUUGCAAUACAUGGUACUGAAGCUCAAGGACUACUUGCUCGCACAAGAGGCGCUGGUGCUUGUCAAGGUUGCUCCAAAGACAAGGUGAAAUGCAGCGGCGGAAAUCCCUGUGACCGGUGUCAGGACAGAGGCCGCAAUUGUGUUCAACGAAACCGUAACCCCAAUCGACUCUCCAAUGGCCGAUUAUCUCGUCUUGAAGAUUGGCAAAACCAAGCGCAUGAGUCAGACUCUGAUGUACCAACCACCAGUAUCGUGGGCGAUGCUGUACAAAUCUCAUCGCCGGCCGGACAAUUACCAUCUGAUCACUCGAAUUUCCAAUUAAACCCGAGUACUUCUCAUGAACUGCAGGUUGGCCAAGUCGCUUUUCUGGCUAGUGACAACGUCUCAUGGGCGGGUCUGAACGUGUACGCCGACUUCCCCUGGACGCUCGACUACGCCUCUUUCUUCCCCGAAAGCUAUCCAGGGCUUGACCAUUCGGCGCUGGAAUCAGCAACUCAAUUAGAUUACUUUCCGCUCCCUUUUGUCUCAGGUGCCUUUAUUCCACAAAGCCACGAGGGUCUGUUGCGUACAGAAGAGCCUUCGACACCGGAAAGGGGGGGCUUCCGCACUGAAUCAACAGCGAGAGCAGCGUCAUGGCCUGGCAGCAACAUCAAAUUCCACCCAUCUACUCGCUGCAAAACUGAGUGA